AUAAAAAUAAGGAUAAUAUUGACCCCGCCCUGGCCGGGGUGAGAGGUUGGGCAGGGAUGAGAGAACAGUUGGACCUGGAGACAGACAGACAGACACACACACACACACACACACACACACACACACACAGAGGACACACACAGAUUCCUCUCCCAUGGACUCAACUUCAAAGACAAGCCCAGAAACAAAGCUCCACCGCCAAUUGUGAGAAAACCUCUGUGAAUCUCUGGGCUAAGAACACAGUUACAGAAACGUCAUGCCCAAUGUCAGCCACAGUCCCUUACACAUCCAUAAUCACUUUCCCAUUCUUGGCAAAUCCACAAUCUCACACAAUGACCCACAAUCAUGGGGCAUGAUUUAAAAUACACAAGCUGACUACAACUGACGGAACACGUCACCCCGUGCACAAAAGUGUGCAGCGACAGUCACAAAUCGCCACCCCUGAGCACUCAGUAACAGUCACGGACACGCGCAGCUUCAGCAUUCCCUCACACACAGUUGCCCAGGGUCACUUAAAUGCCCAUUCACCAUAUCCCAGCGUAUCACACAGUUCUCUGGGACUCGGACCUGUGGCCGUGGCAUCCCGUAGUGCAGCCGUGAUGUUGGGGCGUGCUUCGGGGCCCUCUGGGAAAUGUAGUUCAUUCAGCAAGGAGGUCGAGGCGCAAAGCACCUGGGACUUGUGGUCCUCAGGAUCGGAAUGAAAAACUGAGUCGCUGGUCUAGUUCCUCGCAGCUAGAUGUUUCCCCAGCCGAACCCGGGGUCCGGUGAGCGUCAGUCCGCGUCCCGCUCCGCCCCGCGGGGGAUGCUGGGAGGCGACGUCGCGGGUCUCGGGUCGCUGGGCGGGUUUCCAGAGCCAGGGACGCCGGGAGAGUGAAGAAAUGUUGGCUCUGAGAAGACAAGGAACUUGUUUCAGGCUGUGCAGUUUCUUAUUGGUUUGGUGUUGAAAUUUGGCAUGUUUACCUCAGGCUGAAUUUCUGUGGAGAAAUUAAGGACUUUUUUCUCCAAAAGAGAAAAUUGAAGAAGGAAGGAAGAAUGGCUGUUGGACUGUGUAAAGCCAUGUCCCAGGGAUUGGUGACCUUCAAGGAUGUAGCUCUGAAUUUUUCCCAAGAGGAAUGGGAAUGGCUGGACUCAUCUCAGAAGGAUUUGUACAGAGAUGUCAUGUUGGAGAACUACAGGAACUUGGACUCUCCAUUUCUAAGCCCAACAUGAUCUCCUUAUUGGAACAAGGGAAGGAACCUUGGAUGGUGGAGAGAGAGAUGUCAGAUGGUCAACAUGCAGACUGGGAGUCUUGGUAUGAGAUCAAGGCAUUGUCUCCAAAGUGGUACACUGAUGAAGAGGAAAUACCACAGGGGGUGAUAACAAAAAGACUUACAAGUUAUAGCCUUGAAUGUUCCAGUUUCAGAGAAGCCUGGAAAUAUGAGGCUGAAUUUGAGCAGCAUCAAGGAAAUCAGGAGAGGCAUUUCAGGCAAGUGGCAACUCUUAAGGAAAUCUCUGCUGUGAAGAGAGACAAUGAAUAUAAUAAUUCUGAGAGAAACAUUCUCUUGAAGUCAGUACUUUUAACACAACAGAGAGUUCCCACAGUAGAGCAAGUACAUAAAUUUGGUAUUUUUAACAAAAUGUUCCCCCCAAAUUCAGUUCUAAUUGAACAUAAAAGACUGCAUGACGAGAAGGAAUCUUUGAUAGGUAAUGAAUGUGAAGAAUUCAACCAGAGCACAUACCUUAGUAAAGAUGUAGAAAUUUCUCCUGGGGAGAAAUCUUAUGAAAGUAAUGAUUUUUCAAACAUCUUAAGUUUCCAUUCAUUACUUACUCAACAUCAAGCAACUCAUUUUGGAAAAUCACCCCAUGGAUAUGAUGAAUAUGGCAAUGCCUUUAGCUGUUUCUCGUAUUUUACUCAACCUCAGAGAAUUCACAGUAGAGAGAAACCAUAUGCAUGCAAUGACUGUGGCAAGGGCUUCAGCCAUGACUUUUUUCUCAGUGAGCAUCAGAGAACUCAUAUUGGGGAGAAACCAUAUGAAUGUAAGGAAUGUAACAAAGCCUUCCGACAGAGUGCACACCUUGCUCAACAUCAGAGAAUCCACACUGGAGAGAAACCCUUUGCAUGCAAUGAAUGUGGGAAGGCCUUUAGCCGUUAUGCCUUCCUUGUUGAACAUCAGAGAAUUCACACAGGAGAGAAACCAUAUGAAUGUAAGGAAUGUAACAAAGCCUUCAGACAGAGCGCACACCUUAAUCAACAUCAGAGAAUUCACACUGGAGAGAAACCCUAUGAAUGUAAUCAAUGUGGAAAAGCCUUCAGCAGACGCAUCGCCCUUACUCUGCAUCAGAGAAUUCAUACAGGAGAGAAACCCUUUAAAUGUAAUGAAUGUGGGAAGACCUUUGGCUAUCGCUCACACCUUAAUCAACAUCAGAGAAUUCACACCGGUGAAAAGCCCUAUGAGUGCAUCAAAUGUGGGAAGUUUUUUAGGACUGACUCACAACUUAAUCGACAUCAUAGAAUUCAUACUGGAGAGAGGCCUUUUGAAUGCAAUAAAUGUGGGAAAGCGUUCAGUGAUGCUUUAGUUCUAAUUCAUCAUAAAAGAAGUCAUGCAGGAGAGAAACCCUAUGAAUGUAACAAAUGUGGGAAGGCCUUCAGUUGUGGCUCAUACCUUAAUCAACAUCAUAGAAUUCAUACUGGAGAGAAACCCUACGAAUGUAAUGAGUGUGGGAAGGCUUUCCAUCAGGUCUUGUCCCUUAGGCUACACCAGAGAAUUCAUGCCGGAGAAAAACCCUAUAACUGUAAUGAAUGUGGGAACAAUUUUAGCCGUGCUUCAACCCUUAGACGACAUCAGAAAAUUCAUAAUAUAAAAACUCUCUGAUUAUGUGUAAUAAGAAAACAUGUAGUCACCACUUGGUCCUUAUUAAAUAAAUAUCAAUGAAUUCUUCAGUUAGUAAUUCUACUAAUAUGAAUGUAGUAAAUAUGGAAAAGUCUCCAGUUCACAAGCAUCCCUUAUUUGAAAUAACCUGAGUAGUAGCCAUCUAUUACUUUUGGAUCUGUCGUAUGCUGCAUUUGAGGCUUAACUCAUCCUCAGUACCUAUCAUUCUGAUGAAAUUAUUUAAUCAGGGAGAGCAGUGAUCAAUUAUUUUCCUCAACCUAUCUAGAAAUGAGGGGUUUUCAAAUGACCCUGUCUAGACCAGUAGAGCCCUAGAAAGGUACUGUUAUGGGUAAUGAGAAAAGAUCUUUUCUUUCUGCGCCUUCCCCACCCCUACUGGAAUUGCAAAUGUCAAGGAUUUGAUAAAAACUCACCAGUAGCCUUUCUGUUACCACACAAAGCCUUCCCAAGAUAAAUCCAAUACAAAGAAAUUGGAGAUAACAGACAGAAAUAUGAGGAUGUUGUUUGAUCUGGAUCCAGUCAUGUCUGAAACCUACACCAUCUUUCACAAUUUCAUUUUUGUGAUCCAAUAAAUUUCCUCUUUUUUUGCUUCAGUUAAUUUGAUUUGAGUUUUUGCUUCUUGGAAUUAGAGUCCUGAUGUGUAUAUCCCAUGUUUGCUACACAUGUGAAAAGGCCUUAAAUCUUUUAUAUGGCAUAAUUAUUUAUCCUGAGGAGAAACCUCAUAACACGUACAUGAAAGUUAAAUAUACACCCUUCAUAAA